AUGUUGCUGAAAGAGUUCAAUGAUAGCACGUUGAUGCGAGAAAAAUACGGUGACGAUACUUGUGCUUUAGUGUGGCUGUUAGAUUUAGCCUUAUCGACGUGUUCUGUGACAUUGAGCCAUACUUGUGCACAGAACUGUCUGGACGUUGUAGGAUUGCCCAUUCAACUUAAUAAAAAGCGCCAGACCCCAAAAAUGCAUCCAAUUGUAAGCUUGGGUACAACACGCUGCUUGGUGCCUAGGAACUGUAGCGCUAGUGAAUCGCGUAGUAUUCAUGAUGAUCGUGCGGACAGAGUGCGUAGCUGUCAAAAAGGACGUUGAUGAGAAUCGGAGAGAAACGCCUAAGCAUGGGGAUCUCGAGUCUGGCCAAUUAGAGGCAUAAUGGGUGAUGCUUGGAACGUAUUGUCGAAUAACAAUGAGGACAGGAAAAUGUGGUUCGACUGAGUAAAUUCCUCGCGGGAUCUCAAUAGAAAGCCAUGAAAUUCAAAGCCUCCGCCAUCACGAGAGUCGCGGUGUCUUCACGCCUUUGCAGCGUUUGGUAACUGUAAAAGUGCUCAUGCGUUGUGACUCACGAUUACAAAAUUAGACAAAUAUGUUUUUUUUGAUUCGCAUCCUCUUUGUCUCUUUGUUUAUCUGUACCUUUUCAUCUGCCCACUAAUUCGUUCACUGUUUUAUUUGUGUGUAGGCUGACCAGGGAAGGACUUUGUUAGUAACUUGCACCACUACUACUUCAGCAAGUGGCUCUAGUUUUUCAUUUUAGGCUCCGCUUCGAAUUCUUCAAUCAGCUACAGUUCCAAAACUAGCAAAAUAGUAGUGUUUUUGGUAGGAUGGUGAAUAAAUAUGCAAUCAUGCAUUCUAAAUUUCGCGUUUGAGUAGCGGGACGUCAAAAAUCACUUGCAGCUUUUUUUCAUCGUCUUCUAUUGUGCUUUAUACUUGGUCUUGAUAUGUUACUUUACUUCGUCAAAU